AUGUGUGCAGGAAUGCAGCCUUCAGGCAUCCUGAGGGGAAAUUUAAAAGUAACGCGGAAAACUAUGGAUGCCGCUCCUGGUGUAUUUUUGUACGCUGCGACAUUUUUCAACAACCCCGUGGAACGCCUGCCGCAGCCCUCAGAAGUGCGACGCCGCACUAAGACGGCGAGGCGCCGCCUUUCCCAAUUCAGGUGCGACAACAGGGCUGCCGGCGAACAAGCGAGCAAGCGCCUCCCGCGGAAAAGCCGAGAGGCCGAGAAAGGCAGCGAGCGGGAAAAACGCCUCUCCUCGCGCUCUCCCCUCCCGCCCACUCCCUUUUCUUCGUCCCUCCCCUCGGCUCACGCUAGGAGAAUGAACGUAGGAGAUUCCGGUAGGCGGACUCCUCCCCCCUUUCCACGGUGCUGA